GUUAAUAAAAAAAAUAUAUUUUUUGGGGUUUGUUUUGUCGAUUAUUUCGUUUUAUCUCUUAUUCGUCUUUGCUUUUGGUCUGACUGUUUGUCUAUCGUAUAGUAUAAAAUAAAUGGAAAAAGCGUUCCGUGUUGUAUCAUUAAAGCAAAGAUUAACUUUUGGACCGGAGCAGUGAGUGAUUGCGUGUGUGAUAUUUAAUAAAAUUAUAAAAAAGCUUUAAUAAAAAAUAGUAUUAGAUCAAUUAAAAAUAAAUUACUAUUACUAUAACAAUUGCGGGCUAACAAAUGUAGAUGCAAAAUUGUGAAUAAAUUUUAAUAUUUUUUCAUUUUAAUUUCGGUCCAUAUAAAACUUGCUCAUAAAAAAUUCCACUCUACUUUUUGUAUGCACGUAGAGAUUGCGGGAAUAAUCAAUUAAUGAAAGUGAUUUUUACGCAAUUAACAACAAAACAAAAAACACGACUAACAAAAACAAAAUAAAAUUGUAAUUGAUACAAAAUAAGCAAAACUAUAACUUAAAUUUAAUAAAAAUAAAAUCAUAACGAAACACUCUAUAUUUUUUAAAACUUGCAGAUAAUUACCAAGUGGAAAAAAUGACCAACUACGACGAUAUAUUGCAAAGAUGCCGCACAGCUUUUGCUAGUGGAAAAACAAGAGAUGUCAGCUUUAGAAAGAAACAGUUGGAAAAUCUCCUGCGAAUGUAUGAGGAGCAUGAAAAUGACAUGAUUAAUGCUUUAGACGCCGAUUUGCGUCGGCCCAAACAGGAAAGUUUGGUCGUUGAAACAGAGUUUAUGAAAAACGAUAUAAAACACAUUCUGUACAAUUUAAAUGACUGGGUAAAGCCAGAUUUACCUGAGAAACCUUUGGUCAAUUUAAUGGAUGAUGUGCAAAUUUAUAAUGAUCCUUAUGGAGUGGUACUUGUGAUUGGUGCCUGGAAUUAUCCCUUGCAAUUGUUGUUGGUUCCUGUAGCAUCUGCCAUAGCAGCUGGUAAUUGUGUUGUUUUAAAACCCAGUGAAAUUGCAGCAAAUUGUGCUAAAUUUAUAGAAGAAACAUUACCAAAAUAUUUGGAUAAUGAAUGCUAUCCAGUCGUUUGUGGUGGUCCCGAAGAAACAACAGAACUGCUUAAGCAACGUUUUGAUUACAUUUUCUAUACUGGCUCCACACGCGUUGGCCAGAUUAUACAUGCUGCGGCUAAUAAGUACUUGACACCUUGUACUUUGGAAUUGGGUGGCAAAAGUCCUUGUUAUAUUGAUAAAUCUGUAGAAAUAACAACUGCCGUUAAACGUAUUUUAUGGGGCAAAUUAAUAAAUUGCGGCCAGACAUGUAUUGCUCCCGAUUAUGUUUUGUGUUCCAAAGAAAUUCAGGAACAAUUUAUCAAAGAAGCCAAAAUUAUACUUAAGGAAUGGUACGGUGACAAUAUCAAAGACAGUCCUGAUCUCAGUCGUAUUAUUAAUAAAACUAAUUUUGAUCGUUUAGUGGGUUUAAUGAAACAUGGCAAAAUUGCUAUUGGUGGCAAUCACAAUGCUGCCGAACGUUUUAUUGAACCAACUGUAAUUGUUGAUGUAAAACCAGAAGAUCCCGUUAUGCAAUCAGAAAUAUUCGGACCCAUCUUGCCAAUUAUUAAUGUGGAGAGUGCCUAUGAAGCAAUUAAAUUCAUUAAUUCCAGAGAAAGUCCACUAGCGAUGUACAUUUUCACAAUGGAACCAGAAGUACAAAAUUUAUUUAUACACGGUACACAAUCAGGAGGCAUUUUAUUAAAUGAUACAAUAAUGCAUUACGCCGUUGAUGUACUACCAUUUGGAGGUGUUGGUUCUAGUGGUAUGGGCUGUUAUCAUGGCAAAUAUGGCUUUGAUACAUUUACCCAUAAAAAAUCAUGUCUGGGUAAAGAUUUAAAACCACUUGGAGAAAAAUUAGCUUCUGGUCGCUAUCCGCCCUAUUCGGAACGUAAAGCAAAUAUUUUGAAUUUCUUAUUGCGUAAACGUCGUCCAUUACCUAAAAUGUAUUUAACACAUAUAUUUGCCUUUGGUUUAGGCAUUGGAUUAACAUUCUUGGCAAAUCAUUUCAUGCAGGGAAAACUGUUUUCGCGCUAAACUAAGUACACUCACACACAAACAAACACAAUAUGAACCAAUAACACUGUUUUACAACUCUUGUAAACACGUCUAGGAUGGCAUUAUUGUGAAGUUUCCGUUUUGAUCAGCAUCGCUUACCUCAUCCCUUAUUUACAUACUUACUAAGAAACACAUAAAGGAAAAUUGUCUUCUUCUAUCUACUUAUAAUGUAAAACACCAAAAACAUACCUACUAUCAUUUGAACUUUCUAUCUAGUAUUUAGUUUGGAGUAAAAUUUUAAAAUCAUAUUACAUUCUUAAUUUAAAGUUUCUUACA